AUCUCCUCGCUUUGCCCACCAAACACCGAAAGGGAUGGAGGGAGGUCCUAGUAGUAGGAAGAAGAGGAAACCAGCCGCACUCGGGAGCACCGACGAGGACCUGGAGCCGGCGGAGAUGGAAGCUCCCGAUCCCAUUCCUGGAGUGGGCGAAGAAGACGACGAUGGCCUCGUCGACCGCAUCAGCAGCCUCCCCGACGCCGUCCUCGGCGACAUCAUCUCCCUCCUCCCCACCGACGAAGGCGCCCGCACCCAAAUCCUCUCUUCCAAGUGGCGCCACCUCUGGCUCUCCUCCGCCCCUCUCAACCUCGACUGCACUCACCUGCGGGAGCGUUACGGUCGUGAGCGUGCUGCUGGUAUCAUAUCACGCAUCCUCUCUUCCCACCCGGGUCCCGGUCGUCGCCUCCGCAUGCAUGGUUACCACUUUGGCCUUGCUACCGUCGAUGCCUGUCUCCGGUCCCGCGCUCUGGACAAACUAGAGGAGCUCGAGAUAGGAUAUUACUCAAGGGGGAUACCGCUGCCGUCACAAACCUUCCGCUUCGCACCCACCCUCCGCGUUGCCACCAUCAGAGGGUACAACCUCCACGACAGCACCAUCCAAGGGCUUCACUUUCCCCUGCUCAAGCAGCUCGGGCUUCAUUGUGUCAGCAUUUCGGAGUGCUCGCUGCACAGCUGAUAUUACGAAGCAUUGGCUUCCGCUGCCUUCGGAUCAACUCCCUUACCCUUAGGAGCGUUGGUGUUGAUAAUUACUACAAUGUUGCUGACAAUCAUGUCCACUUGAAGGAACUCAUCAUCGAGAAUGCCCCUUGUCUACAGAAGUUGCUCCAUCGUCAUUCCGGCACUAGUAGUCUGCAUGUGUAUGUAGUUUCAGCGCCUCAACUGGAGACAAUAGGCCACCUUUCCGAUGGUAAUUACCGGGAUGAGUUUAAUCUCGACAGCAAACUUGUAUUUGGCUCCACAAUUAUUCAGGAUUGCACGUCGACAAGCUGGCAAUGGUGAUCCGCACAGUCAAGACAUUAGCUGUCCAAAUGAAUACACUAAUUUUGGAUACGGUUAUUCAGUUGAUGCCAUGCUUUCCAUGCUUGGAGAAGCUGUACAUUCAGGCUAUGGAAAAUAAGUCAAAAACAAACAAUUUGUGGCGUCGCAAACACCGGGAUUUGACAAGAUGUCUUGAUAUUCGUCUGAAGACAAUAGUGUUGGAUUCCUAUCGUGGCAUCAAGUCUGAAAUUGACUUCCUGACAUUCUUUAUAAUGAAUGCGAGAGUGCUAGAGCUAGUGAAGCUUGGGGGUUGCUCCGGCAAUAAGGAAUUCUUGACAGAACAACGCAGGAAGCUUCAGCUGGAUAAAAGGGCUUCAAAAGUGGCUCAGAUUCAUUUUAUAACUGGUUAUUGUAUCCGUCGUUUCCAGGAUGUCCAUGAUUUGGACUUAGUUGAUCCAUUUCUACUCUAGUGUCGAAAACGCUUGCCACUUGGUUUGCUCCAUUAAUUGAUGAGUUGCUCUUGCUUAUCACCUUAUCCCAUUUUUCUGUCUGGUCCUGCCUUGACUAUUUCUGGUGCUUGUAGUUUCUGUAAUACUCUAUCCUGGAAAUUUAUAACAUUAGAGAACCUAUUUAGUUG